GGGGGGGGGGGGAAAGAGAGAGAGAGAAGCGAGGGGGCGAUACGGGGAAACACACGAGAGAGAGUCAGACAGAGAGAGAGAGAGAGAGAGAGCGAGGGAGAGGGGGGCGCAAAAGGAAAACUGCACAAUCUGAAAGGCUCCCUAGCGCGCGGAUCUUUCGACGGCUGCAGCAUUCAUUUGGACUGUCGGAAAGGGUGAGUAGUUCCUAACGAGCAUGUUUAGCACGCGGGCACUCACGCUCCUGUCCUCGGUGUUUGGGGCAUGCGGCCUGCUCCUGGUGGGCGUGGCUGUGUCCACAGACUACUGGCUGCUGAUGGAGGAGGGGGUCAUUUUGCAGCAGAACCAGAGCAUGGAGGUCAGGAUGGCCCUGCACUCCGGCAUGUGGAGGGUCUGCUUCGUGGCAGGACCUGAAAAGGGGAGAUGUGUAGCAUCAGAAUACUUCACCACUGAAGCUGAGAUAGAUAUUGUGACCGAAAACACUGCAAAUAUACUGAAGAUGGUACGGACAGCCACGCCGUUCCCCAUGGUGUCGCUGCUCUUCGUCUUCACUGCCUUCGUCAUCAGUAACAUCGGACACAUCCGGCCACAGCGCACCAUCCUGGCCUUCAUCUCCGGAAUCUUCUUCAUCCUCUCAGGGCUGAGCCUGGUGGUGGGCCUGGUCCUCUACAUCAGCAGCAUCAACGACGAGGUGAUGAACCGGCCACGUGAGCCCGAGCACUUCUUCCACUACCACUACGGCUGGUCCUUCGCCUUCGCUGCCAGCUCCUUCCUCCUCAAAGAGGGGGCCGGGGUGAUGUCAGUGUACCUCUUCAUGAAGCGCUACGCCGAGGAGGAGAUGUACCGGCCCCACCCGUCCCUCUACCGCCCCCGCCUGUCCGAGUGCAGCGACUACAGCGGCCAGUACCUUCACCCCGAGUCGUGGCCUCCUCCGCAGAGGGGCCGCAGCGCGUCUGAACUCUCCAGUGACAUCUCCAUCCAGCUGAACCAGACGCCCCCGCCGCCCAAGGGCAGCUCCCAGCAGCAGCAACAGCAGCAGCCCCCGUCCUCUGGCCCCUCCUCGGGCGCCAGCUACCAGCAGUCCUCCUCCUCCUCCUCCUACCCCCACCACACCAUGUCCUCCCACCCCCUCCACUCCAGCCACCACACCAUGUCCUCUCACCCCAGCGGGCCUCCUCCCCAGUCCAUGCCCAUGGCCAUGCCCCCCUCUGCCCAGCCCCCUCCCCGCUACCACCAACACAUGCGCAUGAGUGCCUCGCCAUGCUAGAAGGGGGAGUGAGGGAUGAGGGAGGGGGGUAGACAGAGUGGGGGUUGGCUCUGUUAUACGCGCAACACACAGAGACAGAUGCAAACACACACGCACAUACACACACCCAAACACACAGAUGCACGCAUGAAGAGUGUGGGAGGAGAGAUGGAAGCGAGGAUGAGAGAAGGAGAUUUAGGAGAUCAAGAGAAAGAAGGGAAUGAACGAGGGAAAGAGAACGAGGUGGGCGGAGGAUGAUUUAAAAUGUAUGCUGUGCCUCAGAUGAAGACAGACAUUUUAGCAAACUUUCAGAGAGAGGAAGGAAACGAGAGAGGGAGAGAGGGGGGAUAUGAUCAUUAUUUACACAAUAAGAAAAAGAGGGAGGAGAGGUAUGGGGGGCUGUGAAAAAGAGUGCUGCUGUUUCAGAAGAAUAAGCAUAAGAUGCAUUUCAAGCACUAACACACACAAGAAUCAAGGACACAUUGUAUAUGCAUAGAGAUUUAUACUUAAACUGUAUAGACAUUUUUCUUUAAGUGCUGGGAAGUUGAAAAAUGAACCAUGUUUGUCUUUCAUGAGAUGUGUAUUACUGUAUGAUUAGGUCUAUCAUUGUAUUAAUUGUUUGUAUUGGAGAGGCAUUGUUGGAUGAAUGUUCCCAUAGACUUCUGAAGAUCAUUCAAGAUGGUUCUGUGACUCAAACUGUACAUAUUGUAACAUAUCAGAUUCUCCUCUGCAGUUCGCAUUCUUCUACUAUACAUGUCCAGGUCGCAGGCUUCAGCAUCCAUUUUGGAAUCCAUAAAAACACUUGAAUUUUUGUUGUUAUGUUUUGACAAAAAUGUCGUGGUAACAAAUAAAAUCCAUAACUUUCCAUCAUUUAUAAACAUUUACGACUGAGAAUAUAAAAAAGCACCUAUUUUACUACCAAGAAUGAGAGCAUAUUUGCAGAUCCCGCGAGGUUUAGGAUCUUCCUUUGAUUGCUAAUUAGCUUGAGUGUUCAUAUUCUGUAGCACAUGGCUGAUUACCAGUAGAGUAACUUCUCUUUAUAGUUACCAGAAGAGCUUCCCAUUUAGCUAUGGAGUAGAUUGAUGAAGUAAAGACUGUGUUUAUUUUGAAAUGUUUACUUUUCUCCUUCUGACUGUGACUGGGUUUAUAUAAUACAUGCUGCCUAUGUAGCCUACCCACUGUACUACAUGUUUACAUUCUAUUCUAUGUGUAUUGGUAUACUUAUAGUAAAUGUAACACACACACACACACACACACACACACACACACACACACACACACACACACACACACACACACACACACACACACACACACACACACACACACACACACACACACACACACACACACACACACACACACACACACACCAGCUUCAACAGUCCUGCUAUAACUACAAUUACUACUACUACUACUUUUUCUACUACUAAUAUCAAAAUAAAGAUUGUGGCCAUUACCAUUAGCUAUGUUUAUAAACAUCUGUAUUAUAAAAAAUAAUGUAAGUAAACGGAACAUGACAACUUAUAAAACCAUACAUGAGUAUGUGAAAGAAAGAAAGGGGUUACUAUGAGUUUAACAUGGUCUAAUAUAAAGCACAGUAAUGUAUUUCAAGACAGCGUCUAUGUUAGUGAGGUCUAAACGAGAGCAAAGCAUGACCAAUGGGUCUCUGUACCACCCUCUAGUGCUGUUGCUGUGAGUCUGAUAGCUCUGCAUCCGGGUUGAACUUUUGUAUCAUGACAUGCACACUUUUGUAGCGAACAAGACCGAUAGCAAUUCCUGACUUGGGGAUAGAUUUAUAACAAAGUCUUGCAAUAUCGCCGUACAAAUAGUGAACAAAUCCCACUAGCCAUUGAAUUGCAUUCCCAUUGUUUUCCUAAUUCCAGAUUUUUUCCUGCAAUCAGAUAACUUGAUCAAAUGUAUUUUAAUAUUUAUAUUGUUCAUUAUGUAGCAGAUGCACAUACACAUGUGAUGGAAGGUAGUAUUAUUUAGUUUGGGACCCAGGACAGUGAUGUACAGCCUAUAAUAGACUAUAGAGUAAAAUACACGAAUUCAAUAUCAAAGAACAGGACUGGCUCCUGCUGGAGAGAAAAUGAUAAAAUAACUAAUAUUUGUAGCUUGUUCUAUAAUCAUAAUAGGUAGAAUAACGUAUUGGUGUAUUUGUAUUAAAGCUAUAGUGUAAUAUAUAUAUAUAUUUAUUUAUAUAUGUAUAUUUAUAAAAUAUAGGCCUAUUAUAGGCCAAAUAUGAUUUGGUGUGAGAGGUUGAUUAAUUGAAAGAGUGAAAGAGGGAGAGAGCGAGAGGGAGAGAGAGGUGACAGGGGUAGCUAUAAGAAUUGUUUAAAACAAAUGCUAAAACUAUUUUGUAUUUUGUCAAUGAAGUUUUUUCCUCUGUUGUUUUUCCUCAUUAAACUACUCUGUUAAAUUGAGGUUUACUUUCAGAGAGCCACAUGGCUUCACUAGCCAACGAAUGUUAUUGAAGUUGAGGAUGGUUGGGGUUUUCUGUAGCUAAAGUUAGAUUCCGUUUUUUUCUCCACGUUUGCCUUUUCCCCCCCCAACUGUUCAUUGAUUUCCUUAGGCUUCUUUUAUUGCCUUCACUUCUUCCUCCUCUCGCUUUCCAUCCCCUCAUGUAUGACUACCUUUGAAACUUUAUUGAUCAGUUGUCUUGGUUUGUUUCUCAAAUCCCCAUUAAUGUAAUGUCUCUUCUCUUUGCAGGCCUCGUUUCUCACUCACUCUCAAUUUCUUCUUUUUGUAAAGGCGCUCUCUUAGAACCUGUCUUUGAGCUUAUUCAAAUGAACUGUGCCUAACAACAGUAGCAAAGAUCAAAGCUAUUCAUUAUUAUUAGGAUUAUUAUAUGAUAAUUAUUAUUGUUGUUACUUACUAUUAUUAUUAGUGUAAAUAUGUUACCCAUAUUUACAACAAAAUCAAUGGUACUAUUUAGUAGUAAUAAUGACAAUAAUGCCAUUUUCUAAUGAAUCUGAGCGAUUGUUCAUACCUGAGAACAUGAAUAAUGUUAUGCCUGGGGUUGUUGAGUAACAUGUCAUUGUUCUACAGCUAUUGAAUAAAUCCUAGGGGUAAA